CAACCUAACCUACCCUAUUUGAGUAAUCAGUUUCUCCACGUGGUACUAAACAAACAAGUGCCUUUAUUAUAAGUGUACGAAGAUGUUAUUUGACCACGAUUCUGGGCCAAAUAACCGUCGGCCAUUUGACCGGGACCUGCGGGGAUCUUAUAGGAUUGUAGUCGGGAUGGUUGGGGGCAUUAAACAAGUCAUUACAUUAUGGUAUUAUUUAAUUGUAUAAUUUCUGUUGACAAAAGGAUUUAGUUUUAUUUUAGAUCUCUGUCAAAUAAGCGGCGGUUUUUGUGCCGAGUACCGGUCAAAUAAUCCCUGCCUAUAAUAUAAUAGUUUUACAGUGUUGUGUAUUAUAUAGCUAUUGGUCACAUUUCCAGGAAGCUUCAAGGACCAACAACACAUCUCGGUACGACAAGUCGAGACUCGACCGUACAGACCCGUCCGGUCUCGCACACGACGCCGUUAACGGCAAACGGAGAAACGCCGCUGGGAGGCACUUUCUCCAACACUGCCUACAGUGGACCUGAUGUGAACUAGAAUGAAGUUGGCUGGACAUAAAGUUUACUGGACCUCAAGUAGUCUGUGUCACCCGACGGGAGUCAGAAACGUCAUUUUUGUGCGGACCGGCGACUCGACGGACCCCGGCCGAGGACGCCGCUCGAACCGCGGUUGCGGAGGAGCGCGCCGAUACGAGUCGGAGACGGCUCGUACAGUCGGCGCACGAGAGCGGUCCGGACGAAGACAUUCGGGAACCGAGGACGAAGACGCUCGUCGACUGCGGACGAAGACGCUCGUCGACUGCGGACGAAGACACCGGUCGACGCGCGAGGAAGAUGCUCCGGAACACGGGAAGAACGCCACACUCCCGAGUGCGGGAAGACACUCGUCAACGCAGAAGGAGACACGCAUCAAUGUCGGGCCGGCGCGAUUGUUUUAAAGACGAUUUAACGUGUAAAAUGAAUGUACGUGUUGUUUGUAACGAUUGUUAUAAUGUUUGUAGUAUUGUUUUUAGAGACCGACUCUGCGAAGACGGAGGAAGUCGAUACAUGUCGAGAAUGAAUUUAUUGAAGAUGUUGCCUGUGAUCACUAGGUGUUUGCACUAAUUUGGGGAGAUGAUUACGAUCGUAGAACGUCACGGAAUGCGGCGCGCACGUCAUUUGUGGCGGGACGCAUCCGUAAAUAACGGCAGC